AUGGGGGCUGGAGAUCCGCGUGACAUUGCCAUUGGUGCUGCUCUGCAGUGUGCCGAAGCGUUUACGCUUGGGAUGCCAUUUGAAGUCUGGAAGACUCAGCAAAUCUCUGGACUUGCCAAGGGAGCGUGGUUGAGUGCUACAGAGGAAUUUAAGACUUUGGUACGAGGUGGUUUGCGUCGAUUCUAUGAUGGAACUGGAGCCAAAAUGAUAGAGGCCGGGUUAAAAGGAUCUAUUCUCCUUUUCGGUACCAAUUUAACGCUAGAAUUGGAACCUAUGGUUGGUAUUAAUCCACAAAGUGCAUUGGGUGGUAUGUUGGCUGGAUUCUGUGGUGGUGUUGCGCAAACAACGGUUAUGUCACCAAUGACGUAUGUUGUGACGUAUAAGAAUCGUCAUCCGGAACACCGUUCAGUGAGCCUUUUCACAUUACUAAGGGAGGCUGGCUUUCGAAAAGCCUAUGGUUCUGCACCUGCUAUGGCAGGUCGACAGGGUACUAACUGGGCAUUACGAUGGUUCUUUGCAGUUGCUUUCACAAACCAAUACAAGAAAUUUGUGGGACGGCAAAAGUUGACCGCUCCAGAAGAGAUACUUUGUGGAAUUGUUGGUGGUAUGUUGGGAUGCGUAAACCAGCCUUUUGAAGUUGUUCGAGUUCUACAACAAGCUCGAGUUGCAAUGGGAGAUAAAACUGCAAACACACGCAAUUGCGCAGCUUUCGUCUACAAGACAUAUGGAUUACGCGGUUUCUAUGCGGGGUUAAUACCAAGAAUGGGACUCUCUGCCUGGCAAACAAUGUUCAUGGUAACAUUUGCUGGUAUGAUCAAGGAGCGUCUUAAGGCAGUCGGUUCCGUUACCGCACCAUCAAAAAUUUAA